AUGAUCAAAACAUCUCUCUUUGAGAAACAUGAAUACACAAUCAUGGAGAGAAUUGGAAAAGGAGGUUUCAGCUGUUGUUACAAGGUGUUAAGUCAGAAAUACAAUGAUUACUUUGUAGGAAAAAUUAUAGAAAUCGAUGGCGAUUAUAUGAAGCUUCAGAAGAUCAAUUCAUAUUACGAUGAAAUCAAAUCACUUAUGAAUCUUGACCAUCCAAAUAUUAUCAAGAUUUAUGACACAUUUCAUGAUGAAAAUUAUUUUGUCGUAAUUUUGGAGUACUGCAGUGGAGGUGAUCUUGAUAAUUUCAUCAGAACCAACAAAAGCUUACGCCCAUCACUUCAGAUAUCAAUAGUUGAUCAGAUGAUAACGUCUCUUGCUUUCUGCCAUUCCAGAGAAAUAGCACAUCAUGAUAUCAAGCCCUCAAACUUUUUCUUCGAUCAAUAUGCACGUCUAAAACUUGCUGAUUUCGGAAUUUCACAAAUCAACGAAUGUUUACAGACAAAGAACUAUUGCGGCUCGUUUGUUUACGCCGCUCCAGAGCUAUUAGCUAAAACCCCAUAUAACCCAUACAAGGCCGAUAUUUGGUCCCUCGGUAUCACAAUUAUGCAAUUUGUUACUUUAACUUUACCAAAGGCGGAUGAGUCCAAGGAUCAAUACUUUUCGCGUAUGCAUGAGCAGAUGAAAGAAAUGGACAAUGAAAUUCCAAGUUGCAUCAAACAUAUCAUCAAGAGAUGCUUGGUAAGCAAUCCUGACGAAAGAGCAGAUAUUUGUGAGCUUUACGAAUACAUUAAACCAUUCAAUGUUCAUCAACAGAAAAAGUCACAUAGAUCUAGCGCAAUAUUAGCUAAUAUUUGCACUUGGAAGAACUUUACAAGAACUCUUUCAUCUUCGUUUGAUCCCAUUCAUUAA